AUACGCUUUUUGCGAAAAAAACACGUCAUUUGCGUCGUCGCAAUCCAGCAAACAUUUUUUUUCAAAUUUCCUGUUUUCCAACAUGAAAUUUUUUUUUAGAUGAGACCUUUUUUUUGCUUUGUAACUCUGGAUGCCACACAGCAAACUACCCAGAUCUUCGAUUUGUGUUAAGUAACUCAACUAUGAGAAGCUCGUCGGAAGGUCGAAUUAUUUUCAAAAUCAGACAUAUAGGUACCAUACCAGUACAUAUUAGAGAAUCUCUGAAACACCACUAAUUAGGUAGGUAGGUGCCUAUUUCGAAAGUUUGACAGAAUUCAUGUGUUCCCUGUAAAGUUUCUUUCUCAUGCAGUACUUCUAAUCCAUCAACCAUCAACAUAAUCUAUUAAAGUCCAUAUCUUCUUUAUGCUUCCAGAUAUUGCACAACGAAAUCUGCAUUACACGGGGGGAAAAUAACGGACAAAUCAACCGGAUGAUAACGUAGACUAAACAAAUGACAUUUUCAUCACAAUGAAUUUUCCCAAGCUCUUACACAUACUAUUGAUACACACGUUUAUAUUUUGCCUGAACACGAAUUACUCAAUUGCAAAAUCAGUUAAGGAAAGCUGGCAAGUGUUUACAGAUGAACACAUCGGAUACUUCAAUCACUUGGCGGUAGAUGAAUAUGGAAGAUGGGUAUAUUUAGGCGGAGAAAACCAUAUUUAUCAAUUAUCAACGGAUCUCGAACUGCAAAUUAAUUACACUAUAUCGGAACUCAGUCCUUCAGAUUGUACAGCUCCCGACUGUUCACAUAAAUUGAAACAAACAACAACGCAUAACAUGAACAAAGUGCUAGUAUUGGACUAUCACAAUCAGCAACUGAUUUCGUGUGGUACUUUUUUCGAAGAUACCUGUCAUGCUCACGAUAUGAGUAAUAUUUCGAAAAUCUGGAAAACUAUGUUUGAACGUAUACCCGGAGGAUUAUCAUCUUAUACGCCAACUGUAGCCUUCAUAGCUCCCACUUUACUAAAGAAUUCAUCAACACCACUAUCAACACUGUAUGUUGGUGUCAAACAUUAUGAUUACCCACUACGAACAAUAACUAUCACGAAUCUAGAACGAGAACAUUUUUCAUCAGCUCUUACACAAAAUACUGCCCUUCGUUUCACGAUAAACGAUUGUCCCGAUGAACCCAAAGCUAACUUAAUUUAUGGUUUCAGUUUCCAAAAUGUCGGUUAUUUUAUCACCCGGAACUUCUUGUACUCGUAUGAUUUGAAUAAUCGAGUAGGUGAGUAUCCAAUUGUGACAGAUACUCGUAUAAACAAUUCGUGCAGUAGAGUUCCCAUAAUGUGCAAUUCAGGUCCAAAUGGGACAACUAUUACAGGAGACAUCUCUAAAGCGUAUAUCCAAAAGCGAAAUCCAGAUUCUGGUUCAAAAACAGAUUCACAUGAAAUGGAGGAAAAAGUUAUGUUCACAUUCACACUACAAGAAGAUAGUCAUACGAAGACACACACCUUCCUAGUAUGCAGGUAUCAAAUGAAUAAAUUACAUUCCCUGUUUCAAAAGAAUGAAACGCUGGUCGGAGAUAUGAUAUUCUCGGAUUCACACUCUUUUACAGAAUCCAAUGUUAAUGAAAUGGUGGUUACCUCAAUUAACAAUCACACAAUCUUGUUUCUUAGUACCAAUGGCGGCCGUUUACAGAAAAUAUCAAUCAAAGGAAUUGAUUCGCCCGAUUUGUCCACUGGAAAUAAAUAUGCAGACGUAAUGAUUGAGACGCUAAACACAUUAUAUCCAGAUACAAUGCAGUUUGAUUCUACGAUGAACUUAGACACAUUAUAUCCAGAUACAAUGCAGUUUGAUUCUACGAUGAACUUUUUGUAUAUGAUGACCAGUCGCAAACUCAUCAAAGUCAAAAUACAUAAUUGCGACAAAUAUAAAACAUCGUAUGCAUGCUGGGCGAUACAAGAUCCUUAUUGCGGAUGGUGUUUUCCUAGAAAUAGAUGCUGUUUGAAAUCAGAGUGUGAUGUUACACAAAAUUGCCUCAACUGGGUCUCGUAUGAUGAAUACAUAGACGCAUCUUCAUGUACAGCAAAAAAAUUCUCAAGAACAGCGGAAUGGAAUGUAACAUUCGAAUCAAUAACUGCGCAUCCGUUCAUCAACCAUACAACAAGAUGUCUAUUCGAAUUUGGCAAUUUUUCUAUCAACACAACAACCACGAUCAAUGAAACUAGUACUUAUUGCGUAACACCAGCUCCUAAUCAUUUACCUCCAACACCCAGCAAUAAUCAUUCCAUAGGAGCUCAGCUAUCAGUUCAGAUAAGCCACGGCCCAGUAUUUGAAAAAAUUCACGUCAUAUUUUACGAUUGUAGUACAUAUAAAACUUGUUUAUCGUGUAUAACUUCUCCUUAUCCAUGCAAGUGGUAUGUGAAUGAAUCAAUAUGCACAGAUAAUGCAAUUUGGAAACAAGAUGAUACAGUAAUAGGCAUGAAUCUCAGCAGCACCAAUUUUCCUCAGCGGCACAGUACAACAUCAUAUGAUGGAUUCAAAUACCCGAAGAACUCGAUCUUUUGCCCACAGUUUUCCACCAAACAUAAAACAGACAUUUAUAUACCUGCCCACACAGAAAAGACGGAACAAAUACAAGUAUCUUACCAGAUACCAACGGGGUUAGGCGAAGGCAGAUUUACAUGCAAAUUUGUGUUCGACUCUAAUGAGGAGAAGAUACAAUUUGGUCACCACCUAGAAGGCGGUUAUCCAAAAAAUGCUUUGAAAGAGGGAGACUUCACGUGCAAUGAUGAGAUAUUUGCAUACUCUGAAUCGAAAGCUUUCGCAACAGUCGAAUUGUCUGUUUUAUGGAACGGAUCAAUACUACUUGACAACACGUACAACACACAUAUUAUCGUCUAUAAAUGCGCCUAUUUGGGCGAUCAAUGCACAGCAUGUCUGAAUAAGAACUGUUCAUGUAUGUGGAAUUUAGAAACUGGAGAAUGCAAAUACUACAGCUUAGAUAAUAAAUACAACAUGACUGAUCCGUGGUUGCAUGAUAUACAAGACUGCACAAAUUCAACAAUAUUUCAAAAUAUCUUGCGAAAAAACCAAUCGACAAGUUGGUUUACAGAAAACGUCUAUUUAAUAAUAACUCUAAUAGUGGCAGUAACGUUUACUGUAGCCGCAGUAUUCGUUAUUUGUUAUAGAAAAUCUGCAGUAAGAUCGCGAAAGAUGCAACGACAAAUUAAUAAAAUGGGCAUGGAAAUGAUAGCUGUGUCGCAAUGCGUAAAACGCGUGGUGAUUGAAAACGAAAUUAAGCUGAAUAAAAAUGAAUUAGACAUACUGAAAUUACCAAACGUCACCAUCGUAUACGAACCUCAUCCAGCAUCGGAAGCAAAUGAAAUGGCACCGAGGACUGAAUACCAAUUACCGCCGGAUGAAAAAUGGGAAAUUCCUCGAGAAAACGUUGUUCUGGGCGACUUUCUAGGAGAAGGAGAGUUUGGAAGAGUUGUCAAAGGAAAUGUUUCAGGCCUCUUACAGCAACACAUCGGCACAACAGUAGCAGUGAAAAUGUUGAAAAAUACCCACAAGGACAAAGAUUUGGUUAAUCUAGUAACCGAAAUGGAACUGUUGAAACUAAUUGGCCGACAUGACAAUGUAAUUAGUUUACUCGGAUGCUGUACACAAGAUGGGCCACUGCUCGUCAUCAUCGAAUACUCUCCUCACGGAAAUUUACUCGAUUUCCUCAGAAACCACUACCAACCUUCAAAAUCCAGCGAAAAUGACCUGUCUGAAAAAGUUCAGCUUACAUUUGCUCUACAAAUAGCCAGAGGCAUGGAAUACUUGGCUUCUAUAAAAUUAAUUCACCGAGACCUCGCUGCUCGAAAUAUCCUGAUAUUUGACGAUUAUGUGCUGAAAAUAGCUGAUUUCGGAUUAGCCAAAGAUAUUCGAAAUGCUGACUACUAUAAACAAAAGACCAAAGGUAGAUUGCCAGUAAAAUGGAUGGCACCUGAAACUUUAACACACCGACGUCAUUCCCCCCAAUCUGAUGUGUGGUCGUAUGGUAUAUUAUUGUGGGAAAUUGUGACUUUUGGCGAGGUUCCUUAUGCUACGUACGACGAUGCGGUAAAACUACUAAAAGAUAUUCGCUCGGGAUACCGUAUGAAAAAACCAGAAGAUUGCUCAAUGGACACGUACUGCCUAAUGGUUAAAUGCUGGAACAAGUUGCCAGAAAAUCGACCCGACUUUACAAGAAUCAUUCACGAAUUAGAAGCCAUACUAAAAAUGAUGGACGCGGUAAUUGAAGAAUCGGAUUCGGAUUGCUCGAGCAUUAGCUCAGUAUCCGGCAACAAGGCAAAUGAAACCAAUAGUUUACUUCCAGACACUUCUUCAAAAUACGGAAAACAGACGGUAUAUUUUCUUCCGCAAACAUUCGAGCAUGAGUUUAUGUGAAGGAACUUAGGCUGAAUUCAAUUUCACUAAAUUAAUGUACAUAUUAUUUUGUAAAUUCAAUAAAAUGUUCCACUUUAAUACGUGGAAUAUGUAGACGUAACCA